AUGGCGCACCCUCUCGCGCAGCAACCGCCUUCGUCCCUGCCAUUUGCUUUCGCUGCACGAACUUCCCCUCUCGCCUUCGGGUUUGGUAUACCUUCCUCUUCUACCAGUGCUUCUCUACGCUCAUCUUCAGUCAACUGGUCUCCGCCUGGUCAGUCUCCUAUCAAGUCCCCAAUAUCCAGAUCCGAUCUUGCCUCUCGAACUCCACUGUCAUCUCUCAAGAGGUCUCGUAGAUCAAGAUCACCCUCAUCGUCUCCACCUCUUUCACCCAGCUCCCCCGCUUCGUCAUCGUCCCAUCUCCGCGGAUCAACAUACAAAGUCGACCUUUCCGCUGCAGGUCUGGAUUUGCAAGAUAUCUCUGAAGUCCACAAGCCUGCCAAGCGUACGAGGCUGGGUUCAUCUGAGGCGGCGCAGCCCUCGACAAACGACAUAGAUAUUGGGAUUAUUUUGGCUACGCUGCCUGCUUCCGCCCACCUUCCAAUUCUCUUGCAAUUGCUUCGAACUCAUCCUUCACUGUCCGAGACGGUUCUUUCUCAGAUCCCUCAACCCGAAGUUCGGACAUGCAUCAAUGAGAUCGAUGCCAGCUUUGAUGCAAUUCACAAAGCCGCUGGCGGUAGUUUGGGACUACGUGGAGGUUCCGCAGUGUCUGAAUCAAGACGAUGGGAACGUGUGCGAAGCGAAGUAGAGGUAUUCUGCCGCACAGCUUCCACUUAUAUCCGUUAUUUUACCUCUUCAUCAAAAUCUCCAAUCGACACACAAUCCAUCUUCACCUUUCUCGAGCCCCUAACCACUCAUCUUCAGACAGUGCUGCGUCUUGUACCUUCGGCGGCAGCGAGCUCAAACCCAGUGCUCGAUCUUGCGAAACUCGUUCUUUCUGUUUGGACGUUGUGGCUGAGUAAUUUAUUGACAGAAGUCAAUCAGCAAGGUGGCAUGUAUCCGCACUCAACCGUGUCUCACUGGGCUGAAACGCUGGACAGAUUGACGGCGAGUGUCAUAGGGACCGUCACAGCGCAUGAUUCUCACUGGUCAUCGUCGACAACGAACCCCUCCUCGAUUGUCAAUGCUUUCUUUGAGGAGUCAUUUCGUCAAGCUCUUAUACCAGUACGACAUCGAUUUCUGAAUGAAGUAGGUUGGCUUAUUGGACGUCGAUAA